AUGAAUCAGUCUAGUUCAUUAUGGGGCGAGGAGUUUGAGGUGCUCAAGCAAAUGCAGGAGGAUCGCAUGAACUUCGCCAACAACAUGACGUGCCACGAGCGCUGUGUCUCGCAAUAUUGGUUCAACAACUUCUACGGACCGGAGCACCGUUGCAUGAGGAACUGCUUGGAGAAGUUAAAUCAGGUGGGCGUUAUCACAAAUAUUGUUUUCACAAAACAUGAACAGGGUAAGACAGGAAGCAAAGGAAAGUAG